UUGAAGUGAUCGUAUGUAUAAACACGAACCAACCAAGGAUAUGGUUUCAGGUUUUUGCAAUCCUCCAUGUGCGGAUGGACGGCAGAGAGCAUUGGGCACAGAACAAGGAGGAAGAAUCCAAAAAUCAAUUCAUGGCGAGGAUAAUAGGAAGCUUCAUAGAAGCCAAAGAAAAGGCAAACUUCAGCUGUUGCGUAUACCCGAAAAAGAUCCCCCCCACCAUCAUUCCCUCCAAAUGAACCUUCCUAGAAGCCCUUCUAUCAGAAUAAUGCACACCACCAAUAUCAACCUUGACAAUAACAUCAGCAAAUACUGUGUACCAAUGCCAUGUUCUUGGGUCAUCUGGGUAUGCCAUAAAUCAGACCGUUGAUUCCCAUUUGAUGUGGGUGAGCUGGUGUGAUUGACAUUGGUGUGCAAGGACAUGGUCUCCUAUAAAAAGGAGACGAACUUUCCAAUGCUACUAAGUCAUUCUCAAGGCAAAAUAGCUUGUGGACAUUGCCUGCACAGCGAGAAUGGAAAGGGAUGGGUUUAGAAAUGGAGGGGCUGUGUUUGAGGACUUGUUGCCAGUGAUGGCGGAGAAGCUGGACGUGGAGGCGUUUGUGUCAGAGCUUUGUGGGGGGUUCAGGCUGCUGGCAGACCAAGCCAGGGGGCUGAUAACUCCGGAGAGUCUGAGGAGGAGCUCAGCGCUUCUGGGGAUGGAGGGUAUGAGCAAGGAGGAUGCAGAGGCGAUGGUCAGAGAGGGAGAUCUUGAUGGAGAUGGGGUGCUGAAUGAGACUGAGUUUUGCAUCCUCAUGGUGAGACUCAGCCCUGGGAUGAUGCAAGAUGCUGAGGUUUGGCUUCAGAAGGCGCUUGACGGGGAGCUCAGAGGAAGAGGAUCAUCCUCAGCUUCAUCUUAAUUGGUUUGGUUUUAGUACCAGAGCUUUCUUUAUAUUCAUCCCAUUGUUCUCUCCUCUGUUUGAUUGUAUUUUUUCCUUUUCUUUUUACCUUUUGGGAAGGCAGAUCAUUAUUAAUGGUAAGAUGGUAUUGUUGACAAAA